UAAAAAAAUACAGCUAUUAAAAUACAUUUGUUAUUACAAUCGUACUGAUACGCCACUGCAUACAUAGAAGGAAAAAUACAAAGAUAUACAAUUGUGCACAUUGUACAGAGAUCAAUGCGCCAAGCGGUGUCGAUUUCCGCUUUACAAAGGUGUUCUUCCUGGUUUAGGAACACUCGGGCAACUACACCGCUCAACAAAUCAACUUUUUACGGAAUGAAAUAAUUAAAUUACCUAGCUAGGUACAAAGUUAAUUUAAAGACUUUGUACAAAUAUUAAGCUAAAGAUUCAAUACGGGUUGAUUUCUGAUUAAUUGCACGAUGCACGAUUUAUUCUGAACCAGUGAGUGCAUGGAUCCCAAAAUGCCCAACCGCUGUGCCGCACCAAAUUGUAAUAUCUAUACAGAUAAAUCAGACGUCCCAUUUUUCAGAUUUCCAUUGGACUCGGAGCGAUGUAAACAAUGGUUAAAUAAUUGUCAUCGAUCUGACUUGGAGCCAAAAACCCCUGAGGAGUUACACAAUUCCUUCCAAAUUUGUGCAAAUCAUUUUGAGCCUUCCUUGAUCUGUCGUGACAGCACUUUAAGAACAUCCUUGAAAGAGGGUGCUAUUCCAACCAGAUUUGAUUUUACAAGCCAUUUGAAUAAUCCAUCAGGCCACAACCGGAAUAAAAGAACAAGAGAACCUGCUGAGGCAGAGCUUGCAUCCUUGAAGAAAGCUAAAGGGGAUUGGUUUGAAGAUGAUGCUCCAUCUGAGUUGAAAGUUAAGCCAGGAGAGAAUAGCGCAACAUGUGAUUUACAGCAAGAGGAACAAAAGAGAGAGGAUGUCGCCAACUCCAAAGCAAAGGAAAUCCUUAAAGUCUACUUUAAGGAAACCCUUGCCUUCACUGGAUUCAGCAUAGGGAACGAUGCAAACCCCAACACAGAUGAACCGAUGGGAGACCACAGAGGACAACAGUCUCUCAACCCCAUCUGUGUUGAAAAAAUUGACCAGAAAGAAGUCCUUCAGUUCAGCGAGGACCUCAUGCGGGAGGAGAUCCGGAACAGUUUGAGGUUGGCACGCUUUUUCUCCAUCCUGCUUCAAGAUGUGACAAACAUCGAGGGAAAAGAUCAGAUCCCAGUUUUCAUCAGGUCCGUCACUGUGGCAGGGUUCCCUCAGAAACACCUCAUGGGUUUCCUGCCCUGUUAUGCAGAUGCUGAGGGUCUGUUUUACAUGCUGCUCUCAGAAAUUCGGAAUAAGUGGGGGCUGCGGAUGGAGCAUUGUCGAGGACUUACCUACCUGACCACAGGUGGUUUAUGUCAGAAAAUGAAGGAUCUCACCAGCAGGAUUCUGCAGGAGUUUCCUCAGGUAGUGCUAGCACCUAGUGACCCAUACGCCUUUAACAUGUGGCUAAUCCGCUCCAUGCCCAUACCUUAUAUCCAGAAGGUUGUGAACACAGUGGAGGAGGUCGCCACAAUAAUUAGAGGAUCCCCAGAUCUUUGGGAAAGACUGGAGGUGAAAAUCAAGUCUUCAUACAGCCACCUUAAAGGUGAAGUGGACAGGAUCAUAGAGGCUUCCCAGAACACCUGGGAGUAUGGUGUUGAUGCCUUCCAGACCAUGUUGGACAUUCUUGAACCAUUCCUCGCCUGCAUCAACGAGGUGUGCUCGGCUGCGAACGCAGACACCGCUACUUGUGAGCAGAUGGCCAAGCUCAAGCCGAUCCUGAAGAACUUCAAUUUCAUUAUCACCCUGGUUGUUCUGAAGAAUACCCUCUGUUGCGUGAGUAUCCUCAACCCGAGUCUCAGGGGAGCCAUCAGCAUCAGCAGCACCUUGCAGUACACAAUCUCCAACGCCUUAAAGCUGGUCAACAAACAUCUGCAGGAGAUCGCAAUAUUCCACAGGAAGUGGUUUUCUGACGCAGUGGGCAGGGCUAAGAAGCUGGGAGUGGAGGUCGCUAGGCCGGAKGAGAGCUCACCUGAKACUGGCGAGGCAGKUGCAACUGAAACYYCUCUGGAGGAUUUCUACAGAGAGACUCUGAGCAGGCAGAUCUUACAGUACCUUGUUGCGGAGGUAAAGMGGGUGUUUAGCACUGAGAUGGUUCGGAUUCUGAGAUGGCUCUCAUUGGUGCCGUCUUACAUGGCUGACCACAAUUUCAGUAUCCGCAGGGAUAAAGUGGCGGACGCAAACUUGAACAACCUUGCCCGGCCUGACACGUUUUACGAUGAGCUUGGUUGCUGGGAGGUGAAGUGGAGACAUGCUAGCAAGCGGAGGAUCCUGCCCACAACAGUGUUUGCAACAUUGAAAAUCCCAGACAUUGCAUUUUACCCAAAUGUGCAGAGCCUGCUGAGAGUUUUGGGAACCAUCCCCUGUGUGAAUGCAGAGGCAGACGUGUAUGGGCAGUACAACAUGGUGCUGGAGCGGUACCAGUCUUACCUGAAAGCCACACCGGAGGAUCAGAGACUGUGCAACAUGGCAUUUGUCUAUGUCAAUCAAGACGUGCACUUCAAUGUGGAAGACAUGGUUGAGUCCUAUGUGGAGAAGCAUAUUGACAUAUUGCAGUUUUUGCAUAUGGAUGAUGAGGUAAUAGAGAUGCAGCCUGAAGCUGAACCUGUCUCUGAGAAUGAUGGGAAUCACACUCUAAAAGAAAAUGUUGAAGAAACACAAGAAGAACCACAGGACAUCAUACCCUCUGAGAUGGAGACCGAGAGAGUGGGGCAACCGAAACUCCCAGCCACAGAAACUAAUAAGGAGGCACUCAAAUCUGCUCUGCAGGUUGCUGUGACAGCUGCAUAUAACAGCCAGAGCAGACAGCCUGGUGAGGCCUCUGCUGAACAGGAUGGCGAGGUUGAAGACUCAUUGAAAUAUGUGUCGAAGUCUGAGAUGGAAGAAGUUCUCAGAGUAUGCGAGGAUGCUGUCAGGGAGGGAAUUCUUGUGGAGGUGGGCACUUCCUUUUUUUCUCUGUUCAUCGACCGCGUUGUGAAGUUAGGGGAGAAAAAACAUCUUCCUCUCUUCCUCAGGUUUGUGGACAGUUUUGAUGUCAUGCGAUUGGAACUCAUGGGAUUUCUGGAUGUGGAUCUUGACUGUGAUGCCAUGUCAGAGCGCAUAUUGGAAAUUGUCACCAAAGAGUGGCAUCUCGAUUUGUGUUACUGCAGAGGUCAGGCCUACCUAGGAUCCGGUGAUGUCUCCUACAAGCUGAAAGCAUUUGCCUGCAAAAUCCAAGAAAAGUACCCCCUUGCAAUAUGCACACACUGCUCUUGUUACUCCUUUAACAUAUGGUGGUCAAAAUCCACCCCUGUGUCAGCAGUCAAACGGGCCCUGGAUGUGUUUGAAGAGGUGUUGAUGUUUUUUGGGAGCAUGCCUAUGCUUGAGAAACAGCUGGAUCAUGUCAUUGCAUUUGGUCUUAGGGAAAGCUAUGAAAAGGUUCAAGAAUUGCAGGGGAAGUUCUGUACCGUCUGGCAGGAGAAGCACGAUUCCUAUGAAGUCUUUGUGCAAAUGCUGGAGCCCCUUGUCGAAUGUUUGGAGAAAAUCAAGAGCAACCCACAGAGGUGGAAAUCCUCAUUCUCUCUAAAAGCUGGAGCACUGCUGCGUUUGAUAAGGGACUUUGAUUUUAUUGUGCCCAUGGUAGCCCUGAAGAACACCUCGUCCUUCACCAGGGAACUGAGUGCAGGACUCCAGAAGGAUCAUUUCAGCGCAGCAUCCCAACUCUGCCAGAUCAGUGGUAUAGUGGCUACUCUUAACAGGGUCAAAACAAACAUCAAAGUAUUUCACCAGAAUUGGUUUGAUGAAGCUUGUGCGCUCGCCCAGAGUCUAGGUGUGCAGAUAAAAGUGCCUGAUAAUUCCUCUGCGUCCAGGGAUAGCAUGAUGAAACCAGCUCUGUAUUACAAAGAUGCACUAAGUGUGCCCCUAGUGGACAACCUCACCAAUGCUGUUAAGGAUCAUUUCUCUGAGGACCACAAGGAGGCCCUAAACUUCCUCUCCCUGGUUCCCUGCUCUGUGACUGUGAGUUACAUGUUUGAAAUCCUGAGGUCAAAGCCUCCUCUCUACGCCAGUGAUCUGCCUGACUCCGACAACUUCUUCACCGAGUUGUGCUGCUGGAGGGUGAAGUGGAAGACCAAAGUUGCAUCCGUGACCAUACCAGACACCAUCUUUCAGACUCUCCGUCUGCCACUCAUGCAGUACUUUGGGAACAUCAACACACUGCUGAGGAUCAUGUCUGUGCUACCCAGCACGGUACUGGAGAACUGUGGGGAAGUGAUGCGCCACAAGAUGUUCCAGGAAUACCUGAGGAACACCAGCCCCAAGGACAGGUCCCCAUGUCUGGCCAUGCUGCAGGUGGGAACCAACUUCAGCAGAGAUCUGGACCGGAUGGUGGCUAAGUGCUUGAAGGUCACUCCCCAGGCUUUAGAGGGCAUCUGCUUGGAUAAGGAAUCCAAAAGUCUGAUGAAGAACUCUGAAGCCAACAUGGAAGUCCAUCAUGGCAAAGAUGGAACAGAGGAACUUGAGAAUCAGUCUUCUGACAAGAAAGAGAACCAGGAAAUGAAAGCGGUGGAUGAGAAUGGGCACACUGGAGAUAAUCGACAGAGUUUGGAAAUGGUUUUCAGACUGGCUGCACGUCUAGGGAAAAAGAAGUGCCAGCUCUCCGAACUCUCCAAAGAAGAUCAAGUUCUUCUCAUCCAGGAUCUCGGCCUGUGCCACUGGUUUGGAAGAGAUGGCAAGUCCACGCUUAACGUAGGAGAGGAGGAAAUGGUAGAGAUUCUCACAAAAUCCAUCAGGGAAGUCAUACUCUUAGAAAUACAGGAGUCACCCUUCUUUUCUCUUAUUACAGAUAAACCUGUUGUAAUUGCUAAUAAGAGCUAUCUGCCUGUCUUCGUCAGAUAUGUUGGGGAAUGUGCCCCCAAGGUAGAGCUCAUUGGUUUUUUGCGAUUUUUUGAAACCUGUGACGUUGAUGUUCAAGCCAAGAAUCUUUCAGCAACUUUAACCGAAGACUGGGGAUUGCCGAUGAGUCAGUGUCGUGGGCAAGCAUUCAUGCGCAUGGGCUCAGGUUGUCACAGCCUGAAGAAGAUGUCUUUGGAGUUCCUCGAGAGCUAUCCUCUGUCUGUCAUCACACCCAGUGAGUCUUGUGGUCUUGCCUGUUGGCUAGCAGGAAGUGUACACUGCCCACCUGUCACAAAGAUGCUGGGAAUUGUGGAAGAUCUUCUACUGUUCUUUGACCAGUCACCUGGACUGGAGGCAGAGCUAGCACAGGCUGUGGAUGGGUUACUGAAUACACCUCGGGAGGCCUUGGAGGAGAUUCCAGAAACCUGUUGCUCCAGGUGGAAGAAGAGGGAGGACUUUUUUGAUCUCCUAGUCGACACAUUGGAGGGAGUCUUGAGUUGCCUGGAUUCAGUUAGUUCCAGCACCACGGGCACUAUGUCGCUACAUGCACAGGUCCUCGCCACUGCUUUGAGAGAGAUGGAUUUUGUCGUCACACUUGUGAUCCUGAAGAACGCCUGUUCACCUCUUCGGAACUGCAGCACUGUUUUCCGCUGUGGUAACCCUGCUGACAUCAUCUGUGAGGUGGAGAAGAUCGUACCAAUCAUAGAGACACUGAACAAGAUGUUGGAGAACAUAAGCACUGUACACACACCUUGGUUUGAAGAGGCAUUGCAACUAGCAUCCAAGGUGGCCCCUCAGCAAGUGUGUUUCCCAGAGGAAGCUAACUCUUACGAGUCUCCAGAGGUGUACUACAGGGACAACUUUAGUGUUCCUGUACUGAGCUGCCUCAUUGACGAAAUGAAGUACAACUUCUCCGACAGUCAUUUGAAAGCCUUGAAGCUCCUGUCUCUUCUUCCCACCUGCAAUCCACAGCCCAUUUCAGAGCCAAUCCGCGCAGAGUCCACAGACAAGCUAUACAGUCUCUACCUGUCUGACCUGCCUGAUCCUGACACAGUAGAGCAGGAUAUCAGUAACUGGGCCACAGUGUGGAAAGAGAAAUACCAGGACAUGUCACCACCAGCUUCUAUCUCUGAGAUACUGCUUCACCCAGAAUCUCAAAGCCAUCCCACAGUGACAAUGCUGCUCAGACUGGUGGCUGUUCUACCCAGCGUCAGUAUGGAGUGGGACCUCAUGAAGACCACCCUGAACUCCAUGAGGGCUCUGCUGAAGAACACUGUCUGCAAGGGCAGCAAAACCGACACUGUGAUGCUUCUCAUGCAUUACCCAACUGUUCAAAGACUAAGGGAGGUCAUUGAGAAGUGCAUCGAAGUUGACCCAGAAAGCAUCCCAUGUCUUGAGCAGGUGAAGAAACAAAUGAAAAGUCUGAAGCUGGAAAGUGAUUUCAGAGCUUUUGAUUUAAACCCUGAUGAGAGACAUGAGCAGACAGUUGAGGAACACCAAGCUGAUAUGGCAGAACAACCCCUUGCAGGAGAGUUGCAAGAGGAGGACGGCGUGCUGAUGGCGGAGGACGGCGUGCUGAUGGCGGAGGACGGCGUGCUGAUGGCGGAGGACGGCGUGCUGAUGGCGGAGGACGGCGUGCUGAUGGCGGAGGACGGCGCGCUGAUGGCGGAGGACGGCGCGCUGAUGGCGGAGGACGGCGCGCUGAUGGCGGAGGACGGGGCGCUGAUGGCGGAGGACGCCGUGGCCCAGGCGCAGGACGGUGUGGCGCAGGACGGCGUGGCCCAGGCACAGGACGGCGUGGCGCAGGAGGCCGUCGCGCAGGAGGCCGUCGCGCUGGCGGAGGAGGAGGUCGGCGGGCUGAUGGUGGAAGAGGGCGUCGCGGAGGACGGUGUUGUGAUGGUAGAGGACAGGGUCGUAGGUCAGAGGCAGGCUAUGUCUUUCUAUGACCCACCUGUGCGUGAGGAAAUACUUAAGGAACUCUGGGACUCACAGUUCUUCACAAUAAUAACGGAACAGGCAGUUGAGAUUGAGGGAAAGCUCUAUGUCCCCCUGUGCAUCAGGUACUUGGACAAACAGGACACUCAGUGCGAGGAGACUGUAGCUUUCAUCCCGUUUAGCCAGGACACUGCUGUCUUGGCUGAUGCUAUUGAAACAGCCCUAUCAGAGAAAUGGGGGCUCAAUAUGGAGUACUGUAGAGGGCAAGCUUUGCUAAGUGUUGGUGAGGUAGGGUCUCGGAUGAGGGCUGUCUCUGCUGUAAUAGCCCAGAAAUACCCCCUGGCCAUGCAAAUGGUCAGCUCUGCUGUGUCUCUGAAUGUGUGGCUAGCCAGGUCAUCUCCUGCAGUGGCUGCAGCAGACUGUGCAGUGUCUAUAGAAAACAUGUUACAGUGGCUCACAGAGGAUGCAGAACGACAGACCAAACUGGAAGAGGUGAUCAUUGCCAUAUUCCAACAUGAUGAGGGGAAGGGUAAUGAGCUUAGGGACAAGCUUAUUAAGAACUGGGAGAAGAGUCAUGAUAUGCAUGAUUUGAUGGUAGAGCUCCUGGAGGUAGUCAUGCUGUGCUUGAAUGAGCUGAAAAGUGAGGAGAAUAGCUUAGGGAGUGGCCAGGCACUGCUUUACUUCAAUAAAGUCAGACGUUUUGAGUUCAUCUUCUCGGCUGUCGUGCUGAAGAAUGUCCUGAGCUCGACCAAAAAGCUGAGCCAAUCUCUUCAAGGAAAACCCCUAGAUGUGUUGCUAGCUAUGAAUAGCUUGCCCGAUCUCCUAACUUCCCUCAAUGAAUUGAAGAGCGAUAUCGACACACAUCACAAGGCCUGGUUCAAGGAAGCUGUCUCUCUAGCUUCCAAGCUGCAGAUAACGUUGUUGCACUCUGCGCUGCUAGAACCCCUGAGUCAGUUUUACAAAAUGGCGGUUAGUCAGAAGGUGAUAGAGCACUCCAUUGCUGAGGUCAGUGAGUUCUUCACAGAGAAGGUCCUCAGUACCCUGAGGUGCCUGGAGAUUGUGCCUUACGCCAUGUCGAAGCUAGAAAACAGCAGUGUAAAUGCUCACGUUUUCCGCAUGUACAAAGAUGACAUGCCUGACCUGGUCUCACUCCCAACAGAGAUGAAGUCUUGGAGAGAGAAGUGGUUGGAUCCCAUGUCCGGGUAUCUUCCAGCUACUGUGCUCGACACCCUGAAGGCAUCAGACAUUAGGAGCUUUAGUAACAUUGAAACCCUCCUAAGGCUCCUGGUCAUCCUACCAUUUUCCCGGAGGGAGAGUACCUUCAGGCAGGGAAAGCGAAGCCUCCAGGGGUUCAUACAACAGGAGACCAGGUCCCUUUCUGAACUUCAUCCUCUGUAAAUAAGUUGGUGUUCCCUCAAGCUCUUAUUAGCGUAAAGCAGGUUUCUGAGUUGGUGUCCUAUACUGCUGACCCACUGUACCCUUGAGUAAAUGUCCAACCUAAUUUAGGUCUCAAACAUUUUAACUUACUAGAAGACAUUUCCCUGUAUACAUGAAUGAUCUAAAUCUUUUGGUCAUUUUAUUCAUUGUUUUUUAUUAUAACAUUUUUGUUUUAAGUUGUUUGGAUAAUUGUACUGCCUAAUGGGACCAAUGUCUUUACAAAAAAAGCAAUGCUCACCUGAGGGUUACCAAUGCUUGUGUGCCUUUAUGCAAAACUAACAGUCAACCCCAUGAAUCAUAAAAAUACAGAUGUCUGAAAAUGACAGUCCCGUCAGGCUUUUUGAAAUAACUUUUUUUGUCAGCACCAAAUAACAUUGGACUGAAUUUAAGAAUCACUUGCAUCAAUUCACUGUCAAUAAGUUGUAUCAUUCUCUUCCUUGGCACAAAUAGAAAUGGUUAGUUCAAUCAUGUAGAUGUAUUUUAUGAUGGUUUCUUGUCUAUUUAGGAGAGUUCAUUUUCUGUAAAGAAUUCUCCAAAUACUGUCUCCUUAAGAGUUCAACAUUCAUAUAUAUUUGUCAAAAAAUGAAAAUAAAGUUCUAAAAAGAC